GCUGUGAGCAGCGCGCUGUGCCGCUGUGUCGGUGCGGCCAUGGCCGGCAGCGGUAACACGGACACGGGGCAGCCGAGCGGCUCCUGCCCGUGGGGCGGCGGGACGAGCCGCCUGGCCGGGCUGUGCCGACGGGGAGCAGCGCUGCGCGGGGAGAAAUGGAGCUCGUACUGCCUUCAUUCACUGGCAGCUCAUAAUGUUUGUGCCAGCAAAACUGGCAACUCUUGGACUCAAAGGGACUCUUCUCUUUCCAUAUCUAUUGGAAGUUCUUGCUCUUCUGUGCAUGCCCAUGCCCUGGAGGAAUCCAGCCAGCACUUCCUGACCCGCAAUCCCAACCAGGCCAUCUUCACUGUGGAUGUCACCACAACAGAGAUUCUAGUGGCUAAUGACAAAGCUUGCAAGCUGCUUGGGUGCAGCAGUCAGGAGCUCAUUGGUCAAAAGCUGUCCCACUUCGUAUCCAAAUGCAACCAAGAGACAUGGGAAGCUGUGGAAGAUGAGUAUUUAGAAACUGAUGAAUGUUCACCAAUGGUUUCAGGAACAGUGGUGGAUGUUAUCAACCAUCUCAAAGAGAAGAUCCCUGUCUCGGUGUGGCUGAGGCGAAUAAGAAUCAAGGACAACCAGCGCUGUGUGGUUCUGCUGGAGCCAGUGGAAAGACUUUCGGCUUUUGUUUCCUUCAGGGCUGAUGGAGGCGUUACAUCAUGUGACCUUCUUUUUGCCCAUCUCCAUGGCUACCCGACACUGGAAGAAGUAGUUGGACUCCACAUAAAGGACCUGAUUCCUGCUGUGCAGAUCCCUCUUCUAGGCAAAAAAAUCCCAAAGAACCUGAAGGUUCAGAGAGCUGUAGGUCGAUCCAGAGAGGGUAAUGUGUUUCCUCUUACUUUAAAACUACAAGUUAGCGUUCUGGAGGAGGACCAAGUGGCAUCACAGAACAAUGGUGCUCUACAGACAGGAAGAGAAAUCUCUUUCCCAGACUAUCAUUACACUGCUGCAGUUGAAGUUUUCUCUACCAUCAGCGGUCUUAUUACUGUACACUCAGAUGGAACCAUCCAGUGCAUCAAGGAUAGUUUUGCUUUAACACUGUUUGGCUAUGAGAAGAAAGAACUCCUGGGGAAGAACAUAACGUUCCUGAUCCCUGGUUUCUAUAACAACAUGGAGAGAAGCAAUGACUGCUCCUUGCCAUUACUCCCUCUUGAUGACUCUCUGGGGACAGAAAGUGAGUGCUCCUUUGAAGACAUUUAUGCCUGCCAUACAACUGGUUCUGGUUGCCGUAGCAAAGGCAACCUGCUGUCAAGAGAUGAAGAGCAGAAAUUGGAGAGCAGACACAGAGAAGCCAGGCUGCUACAUGGUGAGACAAAGCAGAAUGGGAGCAGCUUCUUAUCUAUUCCCUCAUCUCCUGAAGUAGCAGCCAUACUUUCAACUCGUGAAGACAACAUUGUGGCUGAUGGGCUGUCAGCCCACUGUGGAGAGCCUUGUGAAACCCAGCCUGACAGAAUCAGAGCACUGGAACACUGCGGAGUGAUGGAAAAUGCAGGAUCAUGUAAUCCUCCAGAAACGCACCCUGAAUGGGUAUCUCCUCUGUCAUCUGCUUCAGAGCAGCUGGAUUUAGAUCAGAACAUAAAGACACCAUUAAGAAGUGACCACAGUGCUGCAUCUGGUACCUCUGAGACUGGGAAUGCCAGCGAGAAUGUUUUCUUGCUUAAUGAAUUACACAUUCAUCAUCAAGACCCAAAAGAAUUAAAUUGUCAGCAGGUCUCUAGGUUGCCAUAUGAAAUGCUGAAGGAUCAGCACUCCACCAGUGCUCAGGGACAAUCUUCUUCAGCAAACAUUUCUUCUAGCCCAGCAGAUGAGCUAGAUACUGCAUCCAAUGGAGUGAGUAAGCCACCUUCUUGUUUUCAUUGUAACUCACCUGGAACACCAAAGACAAAUGAACCACGACCUGGGACAGCACUAGGCCGUGCACAAGAAUUUCAGAGUCAUGUGGUUAGAGGACAGUUGACAAAAACUAGCUUCAUGUGUGAUGGAAAGCAUUCCAGUCUUGAGCACGCUGUUGCUGAAAGCAGCUUGCUAGAAGAUGCACGUUUCGUUGCAAAUGGAACAAAUAGUAUCUAUGUCUGCUCAGGAAAUACAAUGCAUUGCACUGGUUCUGCUUUGAGAGCUGCCCCAACCUUCAGGACUGUGAAACAAACUGACACUGAGCUGAACUGUAUUUGCUCUGAUCUCAAGGAACUGGAUCUGAACACUGGUGUCUUUUCUAAUACAGUGAGCUCAGCUGCAGGCAGUAUGUUAACUCAGAGUGGUUCUUCUUCAGCGGAGCAGCUGUUAAAUGGCGUUGCCAUAAGAGGUGGUUCUGGGUGUCUGCCUUCACAAAAGCAUUUGGAAAACCCUGAACAAUCCUCCAAAGUGUUUAUUGAGAAGUCUGAAACUCUUACAGAGGCUGUGGGGGAUAAUGUCAACAGAAACAUAUUGAAAAGUAAAGGAAAUCCUGAAGAAGACUGUCAGUUGCAUGGGCAGGAAAGCAUGGAAAUAAAAGUAACAUCUACCCCUGUGAAACAAGAAGGAAGACCAAAUCAUGCAGCUCCUUUCAGCACAGAGAUUCUGGAAGGCAGCUACAGUGGGAGCUGCACUCACAGAGAUGGUUCACAAUUAAGCAUAUUCUUUGAAGUAAAACGCGUGGAGCUGCAGGACCCUGCUGUGCUUUUCUGUGUCUGGGUAGUGAAAGACCUGCAGAUCCAGAAAGAAGCAGUGGCGAAGACUCAGCUUUUGCUUUCCAGUCUAGCAAGCUCGACCCAGUCUGAUCUAGAUCUUUCCACACAGAGUCUUGGAGAAGCCAUCAAAUCAUCUUCACUCUCUGAGAAUUCCCAAAGAGCUGAAGAGCUUGGAAGAUUAAGGGCUUGUGAGGGAGAGUAUGCCAAAUAUUAUGACACUCUCAGCCUCGUUGGCAGAGGAUCUUUUGGCUUUGUCUGGACUGCCAGGAGCAAGAAAAAUCAUCAGGAGGCUGUUGUGAAGUUCAUCUGGAAGGAGAGGGUGCUUGAGGACUGCUGGGUAGAUGAUCCUGAUGUGGGGAGAGUGACUCAAGAAAUAGCAAUCCUGUUGAAGCUGCAGCACCCCAAUAUCAUUAAGGUGCUGGAUGUGUUUGAAAAUGAACGCUUCUUCCAGCUGGUGAUGGAGAAGCACGGAUCUGGUCUGGAUCUCUUUACAUUCAUUGAUAAUCAGCCUGAUUUGGAUGAGCCAUUAGCAAGCUAUCUAUUCAGACAGCUUGUGUCAGCUGUUGGGUACCUCCACUGUAGAAACAUCCUUCACAGAGAUAUCAAGGAUGAGAACAUUGUCAUUGCUGAAGAUUUCACAAUUAAACUAGUGGACUUUGGUUCUGCUGCCUACCUGCAGCCUGGCAGACUGUUCUACACCUUCUGCGGGACAAUUGAAUACUGCUCACCAGAAGUACUGUCUGGCAAACCGUACCGCGGCCCUGAGCUGGAGAUGUGGUCACUUGGUGUCACCCUUUAUACCCUCGUAUUUGGAGAGAAUCCUUUCUGUGAGCUGGAAGAGGCCAUGGCAGCUGUCCUGAAUUUUCCUCGCCUUGUGUCCAAAGAUCUCAUGAAUCUGAUGGUGGGGCUGCUGCACCCCGCUCCGGAGCAGCGCACAACUCUAGAGAUGCUGGUGGAGGAUCCUUGGCUGAAGCAGCCUGUGAAUCUGGGUGAUUACAGCUGGGAAGAGGUGUACGUCUCUGCUGGGGCAGACAGCAAUGGAUUGAGCAAUGGUUCAUACAGAGCCAGCCCCUCAGCUCCCGGUGUGUGCAGUGAGCCGUGCCUGAGCGCUCCCAGCUGUGUGUGCGCACAUCGCCCCUGGGAAGGAGCUGCAGCCGGCAGGGGUCAGGGCUGGAGCCUGGGCAGUCGCUGCAGCCGCUCCCUGCAGCAGCCCCUGCCAGUGCAGCGCUGACUGCCUGGCUCUUUGUUUAGCCCCUGGUGUGCAGCUCUCACCCUGGUCCCUUUUGUGCCUCCUGUAUGCAAACCCUGGUUGCUCAGUAGUGUAAGUUGUGACCCUUUUAUACACUGCAGCCCAGGGUCUGCCCCUUGCUUGUGGCUCACAGCAGCUGUGUCAAAGCUGUGUCCAGCUGACAGGGUUGUAAUUAUUCUUACCUAGAAUGGGUUUUUAAGCCGGGAGAGAUUUGGGUUGGGGUUUUAUUUUGUCUUCUUCUAUUGUUUAUAGCUCAGAAUAUAUUUGUAUUGGCUGUUUUUACUUUUAUAUGUAGUUUUACUCUUUCAGAUAAAAAAAAAAAAGAAGAAUAA